AUGAAGUUCUUCCACACCUGUCUAAGCCUAUUUAUACUCACCAGGACGGCCCUCGCUGAUGGAGCAGCCAUCGUCACAGCCAUGGACUCCAUCUCCCAGAGCAAUGCCGCUCUAAACUCUACCAUUGUCUCCUGGAACGGUGAUCUUCUCGGCACUCUCCCCAUCCUCACCAAAUCCACCACUCUCCUCGCCUCGUUGCACGAUGCCACCAAAGUAGCCCAAGCAUCUGCACAACUGAACACCAUCGAGGCGGUGACCGUGGCCUUUGCCACCAACGACCUGGUCGCAGAGACGAACUUGACGCUGACGAAUAUCAUUGCCGCCAGACCGAAGUUUGAUGAGUUGCUGUUGAGGCCGAUCAUUUUGCUGAGUUUGAAUCAGCAGAAAGAGGCGAGUGAUGAGUUUAGUGCGGCGGUCGUGGAGAAGGUGCCUGAAGAGUUGAGGGGUGCGGCGGAUGCGUUGGUAGCGGCGCUGGAUGAGGUCUUUGGGGUGGCUUUGGAGAGUUAUGAGUUGUUUUAAUGAGAGAUCAGGGUGUGUGUAAGGAGUCGGAUAUUGGACUAAUGGAAGAGAUGUGAUGGCUCUACUUCUAGGAAAGAAGGAAAGAAGGAAAGCGAGGCUAGGGUUGCGGAGGAAGUGGUUAAGACGGCAGCAGGGAAUCCGCAGAAUGGGAGAGAUAUGGUGGCUCUAUUAGUUGAAAAGAAGUGAGAGGUGAAGAUUACGGAAAAUGUAAAGCAGCAGCAGAAAAUUGGGGGACUAGGAGAGACGUAAUGGCUCUCCUUUUAGAAAAGAUGAGAGAGAAGGA